GAGCCUCAAAACGUCUAGCGCCUCCUUCUUUGGUGUUGGCGGUAGGUAGGUAGGUAGGUAGGUAGGUAGGUCGGUUACUUGUUCUCCUGGACAAGGUAAGGUGAGAGGUUCCAGGCUGGCCACCCUCGGCCCUGAACCCUGGCAAAACAUGGACAGGCUGCGUUGGCCGGGAAUCGAACCCGGGUCAACUGCUUGGAAGGCAGCUAUGCUCACCCGGAUCCUGCUGAAAAAAUUAUAGCUUUUUUCCCCAUCAUGGAAAUCAACCCCGGUCUUCCGGGUGACAGGCGUGGUUAGUCACCUCUAUACUAAUGGGGACAAUAAGUUCCGGACUUCCGUGAUGCUGCCCUCACUGUGACAGGUCCGUUAGUUCUGCCAGCCCCUAAAGGCGUCUUCCUCACGGAAACACAAAAGCCUGCGGUACCCGGCCAGAACUCUCCCCUAACAGGACUAGGACCCCCGCUCUUGAGACCACUGGUGGCUUCCGCCUGUCCCUUGGAGCUUUGGAGAGCGGGUAUGAGAGCCUAGAAGAUCUGGCAGACUUUUCUGUGAAGCAGGAAUUUUGAAGGAUUGCUCCACCAUUUUUGGCGAAGUUUGGCAGUCUUUGUGUUCUGCUUGUCCAAUUUGUUCAGCAUACUGUCAGCAGUCAAGGCAAGACUCUGACCGAGCUCUUGAAUGACUUUGGAGACACAGAUGUUUCAGAAUGGGCAUUCUGGAAGCCAAUGGCUGCUUCAACCACUGACAAUUUUGCUGCUGUUUGCUCUUGCAGACAGGCAGACUGCGGAUCUCCCGAAGGCUGUGGUGAAACUUGAGCCCCCAUGGAUCCAGGUCCUGAGGGAAGACAGUGUGACACUGAAGUGUGAAGGGACCCACAGCCCUGGGAACUAUUCCACCCAGUGGCUCCACAAUGGGAGAUCCAUCCGGAGCCAGGUCCAGCCCAGCUACACGUUUAAAGCCUCAAGCAAUGACAGUGGAGAAUACCAGUGUCAAAUGGGGCAGACCAGCCUCAGCGACCCUGUACAUCUGGGAGUGAUUUCCGACUGGCUGCUGCUCCAGACCCCUCAACUGGUGUUUGAGGAAGGGGAGACCAUCAAGUUGAGGUGCCACAGAUGGAGGAACCUAGCCAUGAGCAAGAUCAUAUUCUACCAGAAUGGAAAAUCUGUAAAAUAUCAACAUUCUGUUGGCAGCUUCUCCAUCUCCAAAGCAAAUCACAGCCACAGUGGUGAAUAUUACUGCACAGCACAUCUAGGAAAGUCACAAUACACAUCAAAGCCUGUGACCAUCACUGUCCAAGGUUCAGCAACUACACCCGUCAUCUCUCUACUUUGGUACCAUGCCGCUUUCUGCCUAGUGAUGUGCCUCCUGUUUGCAGUGGACACGGGCCUUUAUUUCUAUGUACAGAGAAACCUUCAAAUCCCCGUGGAGGAGUGGAGAAAAACCCUGUCAGUCCGAAAGUGUCAGGUUCCUCAGGACAAAUGACAUUGCGUCAUACGGCAGAACCGCAGUGGCAGCAGCAUCUUUUCAGCCAUACUGUUGCUUCUCUUACAGUUUUCCUCGAAAGUAACUUAGAGCCAGGCCCCAUGUGCGGUCCUGUAAUUUCAACUACUUAGGAGGUUGUGGCAGGAGGAUCAGAAGUUCAAGGCCUGCCUAGGUGCCAGAGUGAGUAUAAGGCUAGAUAUCUGGAUAACUAAGUAAGAUCCUAUUUCAAGAAAAGUAGGCUGGGUGGGGAGUGCGUAGGUGUGUGUUUAGAUGGCUCACCAGGAAAGGGCAACCAUUGCUGAGCCUGCCAUAGAGCAGAGUUUGAUCCUUGAAACCCAUAUGACAGAAGAAGGGAACAAAUUCCUGAAAGUUGUCCUCUGACCUCCACACACUCAACAUGGUAGGCCUUGGUGCCCCUUCUCUGUCUACAUGCACACACAAAACAAAGAAAUUUAAAUGUACUAUUUUUUCAACAAGAAAGGGAGGGGAAAAAAGGGCUGAGAAUUGGUGGCAGAACUGUUACUCAGUUUACAUGAUGUCCUGGGUUUGCCCUCUAGCAAUAAAACAAAAAAAUCAAUCCGGGUUAA